UCUGUCUUUUUUUGUGCUCCAUGGAUUAUGAAGCCAGUUGCAGUAAAAAGGUAAGCCUAAAUGUUUUCAUUUUGUUGCUAAAGGUGGAUUACAAGAUUUUAAAAAGCCCUGUGUUUUCCCUUGACAACAGUAAAUUGCCGAUCUUCAAAAACAUUCAAGUUUUUUUUAAAAAGUCAACAACAUUCCUUGGUCAUUUCUUUAAACCAGAUAUGACAUUUUGGUGGGAAUCAACGCGUGGGAUUAAACUCUUGAGAAACCUGGUUUCUCUUUGCGGACUGUUGCUGCUCCUGGUCCUGGUCCUGUUGUAUAAUGGCCCGUUUCUAAUCCUGUGGUGGCACCAGAGGUCUGCCGAGAAUGCUGCAGUCUUACCCCUGGAUAUGGCUCCAGAUUCCAUUGACGACAUGUAUGAUGGCUGUCGUUCUAAAUCCAUGUCUCUCAUCAACCUGUAUGGUGUGUUUGAGUGGCAAGUCAACAUGAACUUUAGCUACGCCUGGGCUGUAGUCGAGAGAAAUGCCAAGAAACCUCUGCACAAGCACCUGCAAGACGAUCACGCCACGUCCUUGUACAUUUUCACAAAACUGGCCAACAUCCGAAAGGAUUUCAACACGGCCGUGAAAACGGGAAAACACAAGUACAGCACGGACGGCUUCAUGUUUCAUUUUCUGUAUUUCUACUUGACCGAUGCCAUUCAAGCCCUGAAUCCGAACCACUCAGAGUGCCGAACCGUUUACCUCAGAACUUGGAAACGGUUCGAGCGGGAUAUCGUCAACACAAACGUCCGCUUUGGGGGAUUCACCUGGGCAAUCUCAAGCAAGCAGUCAUCUAAGGUCAAAGGCAACGUCUCCUGUUUUGAGAUCCAAACGUGUUUCGGUGCUGACAUCACGCAUUACUCCAGCGUAAACCAGAGGGGACAGGUGCUCAUUCCAACCUAUGAGGUUUUCCGGGUCACGGACGUUGUUACGGGCGACCCGUGGUGCGGCGUGGUCUACAAGCUUCAGAGCACCAAGAAACCAAAAGCAGACCAAAACUGCAAACUGAGUCAGGAGCUGACAAAAUCCCUUUUGGGUGGAGGAUUUUUAAACUGGGGUGGAGGCAACACUGUGACCAUGUCAGCAUGCGCUGCGCUGCUAAUGAUAAACUCUUUCAUUCUCGUGAAACGCAAACAGAAAAGCUACGUGGCUGUUGUGUUGGGUGCUGUGAUCGUCCUGAUGGUUUUCAUGUUAUUGCUUAUUUAACUGCAGUCUUAAUUUAUAUUAUAAACACUUGUAGGACAUUCAAAUAUUCCAAAAGACAUUUUCUUUAAAAGUAUUUUCCAAAAUAAUUAACUACAAAAUGGUGAUUAUUUGUCCUAAAUGAAUAUCUUUGUUCUGCAUCUGUACAUUGGUAAUUUUGUGAAUUCACCUGACCAAAUAAAAUAAAGCAAAGUCC